UCUUGAAUUAGAGGUUCAUCAGUAGUAAAAUAUCGUAUAUAAGAGUAAUGUGUGCCAUACAAUACCACAUCUCAGAUCAAAAUCUCCAUGGAAGAAACCUUUCUCUAUUACCUCUCUGCCCUAAUCUUCAUCACCCUCUUCUUAUUAUCGAAGUCGAAGCUCUUGAAAUCAAGCCAUAAGCGGGCCAGGAACCUGCCCCCACGCCCACCUUCUUUGCCGUUUGUCGGCCACCUCCACCUCAUCAAGGAACCAGUACACCGCUCCCUCGAGAGGAUCUCCCGCCGCUACGGCCCGGUAAUCUCCCUCUCCUUUGGGUCUCUCCCUGUGGUGGUCUUCUCCUCUCAGUCAGCAGUUGAGGAAUGCUUCGGGAAGAACGACGUCAUUUUCACGAACAGGCCCCGCAUUGAGGGCUGGAGGGAACUGAGCUACAACUUCACAACCAUGGCGUCUGCCUCGUAUGGGCCCCUCUGGCGAAACCUUCGCCGCAUCUCCUUCCUUGAGAUCUUCUCAGCCAGCCGACUGAACUCGUUUCUCGGGAUCCGACUGAAGGAGGUGAGGUUCCUGGUGAAGAACCUGCAUCAGACUGUUAUGGAAUGCGAUGGUGUCGCAAGGGUGGACAUGAGGCCCAGGCUAGAGGAGCUGACGUUCAACAUCAUUAUGAGGAUGGUGUUGGGGAAGCGGUACUUUGGGGCCGAGGUCGAUGACAUGGACGAGGCCGAGAAGUUCAGGGGCAUCAUAAGGGAUGUGUUCGAGCUGAGCGUGACAUCGGACCUCGGGGAUCUUGUGCCGAUGCUGCGGUGGUUGGGUCUCGGUCGGGGACAGGAGAAGAGGAAGAUGGCGACGAAGAAAAGGGCCGACGUGUUCUUGCAGGGAUUGAUAGAUGAGCAUAGGAAGAGAACAGGGGAAGGAAGUGGUCAUUCUAAGACAAUUGUUGAUCUGAUGCUGGACUUUCAGUGGUCGGAGCCUGGUAAUUACUCCGACGAUGUCAUCAAGGCCAUGAUCCUGGUAGGUCGGCACGAUCAGUCCUUAUAUGUUCACAUUGUUUCCUACAUCCUAACGAGUUUUAAGCCGGAGAGGUUCGAGGGAAUGGACAAAUUUGGAUAUACGCAUAAAUUGUUGCCAUUUGGGCUGGGGAGGAGGGCCUGCCCUGGUUCUGGGCUGGCCCACAGGAUGCUGGGCUUGGGCCUAGGAGCCCUAAUUCAAUGCUUUGAGUGGGAUAGAGUCAGUGAAGAGUUAGUGGACUUGAGUGAAGUAACUGGACUGAGCAUGCCUAAGGAUCAGCCCUUAAAGGCUCUCGGCAGAAGUGGAAACUUCUAA